GGUACUACGCACGCGCAGAGUAAACGGUCGCGCGGAGGAUUUGAGUUGUUUGAAUGGCCGAGUGAGUCAGGUUAACGCAAAACUACUUUUAGCAAUGUAGAGAUGGCAGCAAAACUAAAUUCGUCAGGAGCCUCGGAUUCUGAUCAGUCUCCAAGCGAUCAGUCUUUGUCGAACCGCAGCAUUUACCGAAGUCUGAGACUUGCAGAAAAAGAGAAAAGGCAAAACGAGGCGGAGAACUCAUUUGGUCUCGCCCUGAAGUAUUUUAGCCAAGUUAAAGCAGGGACCCCACUUCUGGGAAAUGAUGAGUUUGAAAGAAAUCUCGUGUAUGUGGAGAAGAUGGCCUACAGUAAAGGACUCCAUCCAGAGGCUGUAUCUACAAUGCUGGAAUUUGCAAUGAGCUGUCGAUUGGGAGCAUCUCCAUGUGCUCGAGUACUGAAGUGCCUAAUUCCCUCCAGCGUGGUGCCACAGGAGGCUGUUGUUCGGGCUGUGGUUUGGCUGGGAAUUAGUAAAAUAUCUGUCAGCACACAGAUUCUGUUUGUGAAGUGGGUGUUGACGAUGUUUGACCUGAUUGAUGCAAAGGAUCAGCUCCGUUCUAUUUAUGGCUUUAUCUUUAACUUUGUGACUGAUGAAAAUCUGUGUCCAUUUAUAUGCCAUCUUCUGUACCUAUUGACACGAAAAGAAAGUGUGCGGGUUUUCCGAGUUCGAAAACUUUUAGAACUUCAGUCAAAAUUGGGAAGGCAGCCUUUCCUUUUGCACUUACUUUCUCUUUAUAAAGUGUUUUGCCCUGAGUUGGUGACUCUCUCCAUUCCGUCACGAAUGAAGACUGGUUUUAAAAAUCACAAUACUCCUUGGAAAUCUGCUCUUGUUGGUGUCCAGAAGAGGAAUGGCUCUGAAGUUUCCCCCGGCAUUAGUCUUACAGUCUCUACAUCUCGAAAAAGGAAACAUGGCCACAUGGACCUGCCCGUGCUGGUGCCUGCUGUCAAUAAACAGACAUUGCCUGAGUCUUCUCUCAGCAGAAAAUUGGUCCCUUUGGUGCAAAUACAGUCAUUUGCUCAGCUGCUGGAAAAUGUACACCAAAUAGAGUUGCCUGCCCAGAUGGGUUCUUUUCUGGGCUCCAGUUUGGCUCUGCAGUAUCUGGACUGUUUACAGGAUGAGUCUGCCCUCCUACGCCUUAACUUCUGGCUAGGUUAUGCACUCCACGAAGAAUUCCUAUUCUUCAGUGAUGGAGGAGGAUCCCAGAAUUCAGAAGAGGCCCAACAGUUUUUAGACAAAUUACUGUCUACGCAGCACUUUCUUCAGGAAGGGUUUUCCAGCACCGAGGCUUUUUUGUUCAAAUUUCUCAAUGUUUGGGACGGAGCCUUGAUGCGACCUCAAAUCCUGGGUCUUAUGAGUAACAUUCCAGUUAUACCAAGUUCACAAAUUGGGCAACUUUUAUUUGAGCCUCUUAUGCAGCUUUUCUUUACAUCCUCACUAUUUUUUAAGUGUGGAUUGAUGGAGUGUCUCAACAAUAUGCUGUUAAAAUGGCUGAUGUGGCACUCCGUUUAUGCCUUGGAGGAUGACUUGGACAUCAGCCUGAAUAGUCAUACGUCAAUAAACAUUACAUUGUCAGGAUUUAAGAACUCUGUGAUGGAGCUUGUACAUUUUGUGGGUCGGCUUGCCUCUGUAGGACUUCAGGUUGAAGGCUGUCAUUCACUCUUUCUCAGCUUUGUUUUGGACUUCUAUGAAACGGUGUGUGACAUGUUUCUUAAAUAUGGCCUUCCUCUGGUGGUGAUGCCCCCACCAGGUGUUUUUUACCCAGCACUCUUUGCAACUGACCCUGUGAGCAUUGACAGACUGGCCUACAUUAUGUACAGAUACAAGAUGAACCUGGUCUCAGCCAAGUAUCAGGAGAAACGGGUGGAGCAGGCCUUCCACAUAAACCGACAGACAUUUCGUGAGUUUAAUCACUAUGUGGUGCUGAUGGUGAAUUGUCUCUGGAAUGCCAAGAUGUUUGAACCGGGUACGUGCAUUGAGCUGAGCGAGAAGCUGCUUCUCAGGAGCAAUGUCCCCGACUACACAGCGAGCUUUGACCUCGCCCACCACCCUGCCUUUCUUAGCUACGCUGUGGACUUUCACCAGCAGUGUUGGCCCAAGAGAAAGGAUAUGGACCUCAAUUCCAUAAAGCAAUCUAAGGCAUGGGGCUGGUACCUGGAGUUCCUCUACUCUCAGGGAUUUGAUGGCCUUAAACAUUUUGUUGAGAGUAACAUCACCUGGCAGGUGGAUAGAGGCGGCACCCAGGGAGACGCAGUGACCACAGAGACGCGGUAGAGAUACGACUCAGUGGAGACACAACCCACUCGAAAGACUUGUAAAUUUUUCUAGCCACCUGCUAUUUAUCUGGACAUAUGUUGUAAAUAUUUUUUCCUCUUUUGUCUUUUUAACAAUUUGUGUGAUAUGCUCUGCUCCCUGAUUUUGUGUACAUGUACAGUCACUAAAGAAGAAAAAUGUAUAUAAAUAGCAACAAAACAAAUAGUUCUGUUCUGUACCUUUGUUUUUAAAUGUUCUUAACCACAAAAUAAAUGUGACUGAAACCACUCAAACCUUUAAUUUUAGCUUCCCAUAACCCUGUGUUGCCUAUGUAAAUCUCCCUAUUCAUGUUUUAUUGUCUCUUACACUUUUUAAAUAAAUAACUAAGAUUUUAAUGCAAAUAAACAUACAUUUAUACAUUU